AUGGAGUUGAAUAUGGCCCUGUUAGUCUACGCGGUCGUCCAGUUCUUCGCGUUCUUGUUUGUGCUGGUGGCGACGCCGAUCGACAUGUUUCUUCAAUUUCCGGAUCCACCGAUCUUUCGCGCUUGUUUCACAUUGUGGGGAUUCAAGGACCAUUGCAAUUCUGUGUCCCUCAAUGCAUCCUUGAAUGACUUGUGGGAGUUUUGUCCAAGACGCCUGAGAUUGUUCCGCGCUGCUGGGGUGCUCGCUAUCAUCUCCAUCUUCAUUUUUGCCGCGGCGUUCGUCCUGGGGGUUAGCAUGCUGUUCUGCUGCUUUUGGCUCCGCUAUGUGUGCCUGGGGCUCAACAUUGUGGGUGCCGUCACCCUGGGCGUUGUCUGGAUUGCCAUGGUCGUGACAUUUUUAAGGGCGGACACCAUAAACUGUUCAGCAAUGAAAGAAGGUACGGUGUAUGGUGCUGGCUUCGCUCUCUUCAUCACAGCGUGGGUGCUGGAUAUCAUCAACAUCCUCGUCCUGGUGUUCUCAAUCUGCACGACUGCUCCCAGUGCAAGCGACCAGGUAGAACAAAGGGAGGGAAAGCUAUAUUAA